AUGGCUUGGGUGAACAAUGCACCCUCCCUCCUGAUACCAGUGCCAUUGAAGUCGGCCGUGGUCGAUUUAAAACCGCUCCCGCACUCACCACUUCUUCUUUUGGCUUCCACCACAUCAUUGGUCGUUUUAGAGACAGGUAGCUUUCUUCCGUUGGCAUACCACAACAGAAGCUCCGAAUGUCUAUCGCUACAUGGCAAUUCCACUCAAUUGGACGUGUAUCAGAUUGCUGCAAAUACAGCCGAAAACUUCCAGGCGAAAUCGGCCGUGUUUUGUGUGAGCACGGCUUCUGGAUUCGUCUUGAUCUACCAGGUAUCCAUCAACUACUCAAACUCAACGUACGAAAUCACGGACGUCUCCAAUCCAGACAAUGUUCUACAGAACAAUCUUCCGUUGCUGCAGAACAAUGCAAAACAUUCGCUCACCAAUAUAUUCAAGUCUGCUACUCGAACUUUAGGACUUAACUCUGAGACUGGGUUGAUUAACAUCGAGAAUUUCGGAAACUGCUCCCAUGAUGAUGACACGCGGAAUGAGAACGUGCCGCAAGUGCGCAUUACUAUCGCUAAGUUGCUCAAAUUGUCGAACCCGCUUAGAAAAUUCUGGACCAAACCCAAUUCCCAUAGUCUUGUUUUCCACACUACCAAUGAUCAGAUCCAAAUCCACGUGAAAAAUCAGGUAAAUCAUACUCUAGACCUCAAGAAGUAUGACUGGUUCAUCGAUACUCUGGUGCUAGAAUACAAUUCGACUCAUAACUUCUUCAUCCAUGUCAAUUUCAACCUUGAGAUGUCUGUAUUAGAACUCGUUCACGAGGAAAACUUGCUGUUGAGACAUACAGUAAUAGACACACUCACAUCGGAACCUACAAGUAUUAUUUUUAACCCCAUGCAUGAUUUAUUUCUUCUCCAGCUGCCUAAUUCACUCUCCAUUUACCUGUUUCGUUGGAUCGCUGGACAAACACCAAUUGUCAAUCAUGUCAAGACACUAGUACAAGCAGCAGAGCACACCAUUUCUCUGUGUGUUUGGUCACCUUGUGGAGAAUUUUUCAUUCUCACAAACGGUGACACCUAUUAUUACAAAAUGGUGUCUAAAUUCGGAUUUGUGCUCUUCGAUUCUGCAUCUGUCGGCAGUGAAAUCUCUUCCAGUAACCUAGACGCAACGAUUGUAUCAAAAUUGACAGAUUUUUGCCGAACAAGCCUUCUCACAGUUUCUUCGAAUGGACAACAGUUAUUUCUACUCAAUGAGAAUAAAACCAUUCUUCAUUCCUUAUGCAUUUUACGCUCAAUUCCCGCUGGCCUGGAAACUCCGGUUUUAAACGAUUUGAAUUACAUUAGCUUUCCCUCACAAAAUCGUGCAAGCCAUUUCCACCGUAUACCACUUUUACCUCUAUUUCAAAGCAAGCUCGCAAAAAUGCAAAGAAUUAAUGGCGUAAACACUCAAUGUCUUUCUAAGCGACUUUCAGGCUAUUUCUCAAUCGGAAAAAAUGAAUCACAACAGAUGUCUUUGGCGUAUGGGCCGCAUAUUGCCAUUUCCACCCCUAUAGGGCUUGGACUGGAGCCGAAACAAGCGUUGUGGUAUCUCUUUCAGAACCAUUUUACAGAUGCUCUCAAUGUAAUUGAUCAUUUUUGGAUAGAAGACUUUUUGUUUAUCAUCAACCGCUAUGAAAAGGAUGACUCUAACAAAUCUGCCGAGCAUAUUGUGGACGAACUAAUGAUUUUGUCAACAUCCUUAUCGAAGUAUGGGCAGGGCGGAUUGGAUUUUAAAUUUGAUAGCGACCUUAUCGCAUGGAGACAUACUUUCAACAACAGAAUUGUCAACUUUGAAGUCGCAAAAGCUAAGAAUAAAAUGUCUUAUCUUCUUACCUUACUCACCAGUGAUCUCAAGCUUGUCAUGAUGCAAAUCAAAAUUGUAUGUGACAAUGGGCCUGAGAAGCCAAGUGAAAUUAAACUUGGGAAAUCUAGAAUUUCGAUCAACGUUUGUCGAACUAUUCACUUGUCAAGCAUCAAACAUAAGUUUGCCAUUACAGAUGUGCGCAAACUAGUUUCAGUUGAUGAACGUCAUUUCCUCUUUCUCCUCUCGACUGGCGAAGUCUACAUCUUGAAGAAUCAGGUCGUGCGCUCACAUACCAACCAGGCUAACAACAUGUACGAGCUUAAACAUGUAGGAUCGGGGAUCGAAGAAUUGCAAUUUUUUGACUUAAAAUUCAAAGACCAUCGAUCUACUUUUGUGUCUCUAUUCGUUGGAGAUGCUUUAGUGAUUCACGAUCUAAAUGAAUUGGUAUCGGAAAGUUCGGAAUUGCCAAUUGAGGGAGAUCAGAGAACUGCGCUGACACCAACUGAAAUCUCUGCAAAUGGUCAUGAAUCCCCGCGAAAGCAACCUAUUAUUAUCACUGUUUCUUCAUACAUGCCAUUGAGUAUUGCUCUGUCCAAGACAUCAAUAGAGGUCUUGAACUUGGAAUACCAAUUUGUGGCCAAAAACGAGCAUCUAGUCUUCAGACAUAGAACCAACAGACAACUUAUCUUGAAUAAAUUCAUCGGACAUGAUUUGUUUGUGAUGAAUCUUGAUGUUGUCACGAUCACUCAGAAGUACAGCGACUUCACCAACUACGCUUAUUGCCUCGAGCUUCUCCUAUAUGAAAAUUUAAAUGAGCAAGCUGGUGAUCAACAACUUACUAGAAUCUGCGACUUGGUAAAUGCGAGCUCCAGCUCGGAUGCUAUUUAUGUCAACCUUCUCCGGAAGAUUGAGGUACACUAUUGGGACAGAUUCUUCGAAUUCUUACAGCAGACGCCCGUUGGCCUCAUGGAUAGACUCAUUACUCUAGAAGAUGUUGAAUUGUGCUACAAUUAUCUUAUUGUUUAUCUUAACUACAAAAGAGAAUCGGUGACAGUUGAUGGAGACUCUGAGGCAGUGACAGUCCUAAACGAAAAAGAGCGUGCUGUCAUUUCACAGAUAAUCCAAAUGCUUUUGAGCGCAGAGAUGUGGAGCGAGAGUUACGAACUUUGUCGAUUUAUCAAAUUGCUCGAGCCGCUGAAUGGGCUUUUGAGGCAAAUUCAAGAGUCGGUGAAGGUUUGA